CAGGGCCAGACGGUUGCUAGGGUGACAGGAAUACAACAUGGCGGCCGGAUCCUAACGCUCUCCAUCUAGGGACCACCGCGGAGGUCCUAGUUCGGGACCCUGCCUCAAAGGAGUGGAAGCCAGGGGCCACCCUUUCUGUCCCUUUCUUCUCCUUCCACUAUCGGCAAGGGGUUGUCGCCGGCUUCCGCAUCCAUGAUGAAGAACUAUAAAGCAAUUGGCAAAAUAGGAGAGGGAACGUUUUCUGAAGUCAUGAAGAUGCAGAACCUGAGAGAUGGAAACUAUUAUGCAUGUAAACAAAUGAAACAGCACUUUGAAAGUAUUGAGCAAGUGAACAAUCUACGAGAGAUACAAGCACUGAGGCACCUGAAUCCUCACCCAAACAUUCUUACGUUGCACGAAGUGGUUUUUGACAGAAAAUCUGGUUCUCUUGCACUAAUAUGUGAACUUAUGGACAUGAAUAUUUAUGAACUAAUACGAGGGAGAAGACACCCAUUAUCAGAAAAAAAGAUUAUGCACUAUAUGUACCAGUUGUGUAAAUCCCUUGAUCACAUGCACAGAAAUGGAAUAUUUCACAGAGAUGUAAAACCAGAAAAUAUAUUAAUAAAGCAGGAUGUCCUGAAAUUAGGGGACUUUGGGUCCUGCCGGAGUAUCUAUUCUAAGCAGCCGUACACAGAAUACAUCUCCACCCGCUGGUACCGGGCCCCAGAGUGUCUCCUCACUGAUGGCUUCUACACCUACAAGAUGGACCUGUGGAGCGCGGGCUGCGUGCUCUAUGAGAUGGCCAGCCUGCAGCCCCUCUUCCCCGGAGCCAACGAGCUGGACCAGAUCUCGAGGAUCCACGACGUCAUUGGCACGCCUGCUGGGAAGACCCUCACCAAGUUCAAACGGUCGAGAGCUAUGAGUUUUGAUUUUACUUUUAAAAAGGGAUCAGGAAUACCUCUCCUGACAGCCAGUUUGUCCCCGCAAUGCCUCUCCCUCCUGCACGCAAUGGUGGCCUAUGACCCCGAUGAGAGAAUCACCGCCCACCAGGCCCUGCAGCACCCCUACUUCCAAGAGCAGAGGGCAGCUGAGAAGCAGGCUCCGGCCAGGGCCAGGAGGAAGGCCUCCGCUCUCUGCCCCAAGCGGCCGGUGGCACCGGAACCACUCAGUAACAACUGGCAGCCGGCACAGGAGGGCAGCAAGCAGAAACAGCCCCUAAAGCAAGAGAAGGACCAUCCCAGGAGACAGGGACCAGCCCGCGUGACGGAACUGCCCGAGCUCAAGCUGUCGGGAGUGACCAAGCUGUCCUCGUACUCCAGCCCGGCGCUGCAGCCCGUGUUUGCCCCCGGAGCGACGCGGAAGGUCCCGGUGCUGAGACCCCUCAAGUGUGUUGGCCCAAACCAGAAGACAGACACACAGAAGGACGUCAAGCCUAGCCUGAAACAGCACCGCCUGCCCACGGUAGCGCGGAGAGGAGGCGGCUGCUGAGCGGCGCUGCGGCUCCCCUGCGCGGGGCGGGUCCGCCCGGCCGGGCACCAGCGGGCGGGGCGGGGGCACCAGCGAGCGGCCCGGCGGCCCGGGAGAGCUGCCCCCAGACCAGCACCAGCGCCUCGGCCUGCAGCCCGCCGGCCCGAGGCUGCUUGCAUCCUAAAGGCGGCUGUACUGUAUGUUCCGGUCUAAUACCUUUGUAAAAUCACCUCAUUCUAGGGUUUCGUUUCAUUUCCGUAACGUAAGAAUUUGGGGCAGGGAAUAUUUUGUAAUUUUUUGUAUGAAUCAAAGCAGAAAUUAUGCUUUGUUAUGGAUUAUUUAGGCCUGGUUCCGCCGAGGGCUCUGCACACGGUGCCUUCUUUAGUCCAUCCAUCACCACCAGUGUCGUAGCACGUUUGGCUUCCAGAUUAUACCAUUGGAGACCCCUGAUUUUUAUUAAACAAUAAGCUAUCAUUACAGUUUUGCAUCUUAAUAUAUUUUGAGUUAAACAUGUGUCCUGAUUAUCCAUUCCUUUAUUUGGACUUUUGUGAGUGUAUCAGGGGCAUUGAUUUUGUUGGGG